AUGCUUUCUUCUCUGUCUCUUCUUCGUCUGUUCUACCCAUUCUCCUCUUGGUCCCAGAUGAUCGGAUCCUCUAGCUUUGCCCUCGACUCACACUAUGACCCAGGGAAUAUGGCUGAGUCGCUCACCACGCGCGAGGGCUGCCAUCUCAUCUUGCAUCUCAAAGCAUCUGCAUCCAACAUCCCUGGUUGCUCUCGUCAUGCUCCGACGUCGUCACCCCUCCAUCUUCGGGCAUUAUACAGCCCCAUUCAUCCUCGACUUGCGCUGCGGCUCAUCCUUCCGCAUCAGAAUAGAGGCCUGAGAAGUCUCAAAUCCCUUCCUACGCCGAAGGGAAACAAGUCCAAUAAUCGGUCACCACCCUUCCUCCACCUACGCUUCUGUGCCCUUCCUUGUCAGGGCGCCGCCUCUCCCGCACCAGGCCCGCCGUCCGAGUCUGAGAGGUCGGACGGACAAGAGAAGGAGAACGAUCGCAAACCCUGGCGCUCGGCCAUGGAUGCCUUUUUCCCUUCCUCCUUCCGCCCCCUUCACCAAACGUGUCAGUUGCACGUCACUCUAAAACUCUAUUCUGUUUUGUCUUUACUGUUCUAG